AUGCCACCUUACUCGCAGACGCUGUCAGCAAAUCCACGCUGUCGCCUAUCCUACCGCACUGCGUUCUCAGCUCUCAACGCAUUGGAAAUGUUGAGGGCUGUCGCCUGUCUCAAACCAAUCGUCAUCUCCCUGUGGCAGGAGAUAGACUCCUCGCUCAACCUUCUCCUUCGCUCUCCCUCCUUCAUUCCCCUUCGCAUUCGUUUCACUUCUCACCUGCUUCCUGAUGCCCAGACACCGUCUCUAUUUUUCCCCACACUCACUGCACCCUCUCAAUACUUCUUCACCUUCCCUUUGCUUCCUUCGACACUGACAGCGGAGCUCUAUCCCCACUGCUCUCGCUCCUCACUCACUCGAGAUCAACUGAUCUGCUGCCAACGUGCCUUCAAUGAAUGUCUCAAAGAGGAAGGAAACCCUUUUCAUUUAUUUUACUUCCCUCGAGACGAUUACUCUCUUGACACGGUUGGAAAGGCGUCUGACGCUGGCACUGUUUAG